ACAAAUCGGAAUCUUAGAGAUAUUGCCUGCGUUUCAUAAUGAUUUGUGUACUAGUUGCUUUCUUCUGUUUUCUUUAGGAUGAAAUGUAAGCAUCACUGACAUGAUUCUAGUCUAAUUACAGUGAAAUAUAGGAAUUCUGCUGUCUGUGUUAACCUGCUAUUAUCAGCAUUUUUAUGCAGAUUGGGAGGGUUCAUUUAUCAUCAAUCUGAACCUACAUCUUUAUUUAAGAGUGUUUUAUAUCAAUUUGGCAUGAUUUUACAUGCUGUCUAAAUCAGCAUAAGUACCAUUUUUUUGAAGAAACUUAUCCUGUUUUGUUAGGUAAACAAGUGGUGCUUGAGCUGUCCACUGCAUUAUUGGAUCUACUCAAUUAACUAAUGGAAAAGUGCAGUCUUUCGGACAAAGAGACGAAAAAGAGUGACAGAGAAGAGCGUGGAGUGUACGUAUGGAAUGGAGGAAAGGGGUGCCCACUGCGCAGUCCCCAUGGAUGCGGAACUCAAUUGGUUAGUCUUCUUUUUCACCAGCACAGCUUAGUAUUUAAUUAUUCUUUGCCCACUAAAAAACACAGCAAAAACGUCCUGGGAACCCUGGGUGCAAUUUGCAUAGUCGUGAGUGAGGGGUGCAAGUGGGGAGGGUAUUGAAAGCUAAAUAGGCAAGUAGGAUAAGGACGCCACGUCCGCCCAGACCACGACAUUUGGGAUUGGUCAUCUUUCACCCAUCACGCGCCGCAUCUAAACAUAUAAAUAUUUAGAUCCUCGAUUGUCCAAUAAAAUUCAGUUCACCAUGUAUGUCGUCAACCAAAUUUAGUUCCCAUUUAUCCUUCCAUCUUGUCCAAAAUACCGUAUUUGUACGUCUCAUAGAGUUACGAUUCAAAGCUAAACAUACGCAAAAAAGAGACUAGUAAGUCUCGUACAGGGGACUGGAACUGCUGUUUCAUAGUUGUGAACUCUUAUUGUCUUAACCUUUACUAUUAUGCCUACCAUGCGCUAAGAUUUUUAAUACAUUAUUAGACUUAAU